CUGUUUCCAAACAGGAAAUCAAGAUGACGUCCCCGCAAGCCCUCAUGCUUGCUCUCGCUCUCGCUCUUGCUCUCGCCCUUACUUCCACUGCUUCUGCUACUGUUUCGACUACGGAGCGGACAGUGGUUUUUUCGCGGGCGCCUGACGCCUUUCCAACAAACUGGCGGCUGAACGGCGUGCCACCUGCUGCUGCCUCGAUGCGCAUCCACUUUGCGCUCCGCCAGCAGAACAUUGCCCAGCUCGAGGCUGUGGCCACUGCCGUGAGCGAUCCCGACUCGCCGCAGUACGGCCAAUACCUCACCCCGGCCGAGGCCACCGCCAUCGUGGCACCCUCGCCCGACGUCCGCGCCCGUGUUGUCGCCUGGCUCGCCGAGGAGGGCGUGCCGGCCAAGGCCGUCUCGGGUUCGCUCGACUCUGUCCGCCUCAUUGCACCGGUCGCCGUCAUUGAGCAGGUCUUCCACACCUCGAUCGUCGCCGCCGAGCACGAGCUCACCGGCGACGGGGCCCUCGUCGCCGUGGGCGAAUGGUCCGUCCCGGCCCACCUCGCUAACGACAUUGCCAUGAUCACCGGCAUCUCCGACUUUCCCAUUCGUCGCUCGUCCGCGGCGCGCGCCACCCUCCUUGCCGGUGACGCUCCCGAUGCUGACGGCGACGCCGAUGCCGGCGAGAACCCAUACUCCACGCCGUCGACGUACUCAAACUCGGCCUUUGGCAACGACUUCUGGCCGCAGCUCGGCCGCGUCGUGCCGCAGACCAUCCAGCGUGUGUACAACAUUUCGGCCGACCACGCCCAGGCCUCGUCCAAGGUCACCCAGGCCGCAGUCGAGUUCCAGGGCGUCGACUGCUUCUCGUACACCGACAUGGAACAGUUCCAGAUUCACGUCGGCGUCAAGUUCACCAACGUCUCCAAGAUUAUCGGCGACACUACCCGGUUCCAGCCCAUCUCCUGCCAGGGCGAGACCAACCUCGACCUCGAGCAGAUGCUUGGCGUGGCGUCGCAGGCCCAGACCUGGUACUUCUCCGUCGACCAGUGGAUCUACGAGUUUACCCAGGAGUACCUCGCCCUCCCGGCCGCCGACUCGCCCAUGGUCACUUCGCUCUCCUACGGAUGGAUGGCCAACGAGCAGUGCCAGAUUGGCCAGGCCGCGUGCUCCAAGCUCGGCGUCAGCUCGCAGGGCUACGUUGAGCGGUGCAACACCGAGCUCGCCAAGCUCGCCGCCGCCGGCAAGUCCGUCAUCGUCUGCACUCAGGACGAGGGUGCACCGUCUGAUCUCAACACCGAGUGCCAGAACUCACAGAACCCGGUUACUCCCAUCUACCCGGCCUCCUCACCGUGGGUCACCUCGGUCGGCUCCACUGCUCUCCUUGACAAGUUCCCCAAGCCCAGCACGGCCGCUGUCGCCGCCGACGCCCCGGCCGCUGACGCUCCGAUCUGCUCCAAGAUCCGCUGCUCCCAGGGCACCAAGGAGGCUGUUGCCAUGUCGCCGAACGCCGCCUUUACCUCAGGCGGUGGAUUCGCCGACUAUGCCGCCCGCCCUGCGUGGCAGGACGCCGCCGUCAAGUCGUUCCUCGCCGACUCGUCCGCGCUCCGCCCCGACUCCCGCUUCUUCAACGCCUCCAACCGCGCCUACCCGGACAUCGCCACCAUGGGCACCUCCAUCUUCUAUCUCGCCAACUGGGGCCAGCCCGGCUCGCACAUGCACACCGAGGGCGGCACCAGCGCGUCGACGCCCAUCUUCUCCGGCAUUGUCUCGCUCCUCAACUCGGUUCGCGUCGAGUCUGGCGCCGCCCCGCUCGGAUUCGUCGCCCCGCUCCUCUACAAGAUGGCUGACGAGUGCCCCGAGUGCUUCAACAUCAUCACCUCUGGCAACAACACCUGCACCGGCUGGGGCCGCCAGAUGCCGUGCUGUGAUGGCGCUGGCUACGGCGCCCGCAACGGAUGGUCUCCCACCGUCGGCCUCGGCACCCCCAACGUCGGCAACAUGAUCGAGUACGUCAAGCGCAUGAAGCGGUGAUGGUACCCCAUCCUAUACCCAUUCCCCUCAAACCGCAUUUUUUCCCGUUUCCGGUCCAAAGCGCACCUCUGUGUAUGGCCUCACAUCAACAAACGAUCCACAGUGGUG